AUGCCUCCACACACAACCACAGAUUCCCAACCUACUUUCACGGAUACCCUAUCGCAGCAGCCUAUUCCUUCCAAAACUCAAUCAGCUCUCUAUCAAAUAUUUGAAAGAAACCGACUAGAAAUGACAAUCAAAGAUAUAAAUCUUGAUUUUGUUGAUCAAGUUGAAGUCAAAACAAGUGAACAAACAGCAAAACUGGAAUAUACAGCUGGAGUGAGUGUGAUCGUCAAGCUAGUCUAUGAUAAGUACAAUUCUCAUGAGCAAUUAGGGUAUGGAAUUUCAAAGGGUGACAGUCGUCCAAAGGCUGUUUUACAAGCAAAACAAUUGGCUAUUGACGAUGCAUCCAAUAGAUGCGCCAAAAUGUUUGGCGAUAUUCAGAGAUGGCAUCCUUAUUUGAUGGCUAAACGAAAGUCGAAUACUUCCUCAAUUAAUUAUUAA